CUUAAAAAAUAAAAAAUAAAAAAAUAAAAAGUUAACAUUUUAUUUAGAGAUAGCAUGAGUCGAGUGAAAUGUCAAGCAGAUACCAGCGUGAAAAGAUGAGGGCUACAUCUCUCCUUCCUUUGCUCAACCUGAACUCCGGAAACUCCAUCUUUGCAAAGCUUCUCAUAUUGGCCCAGACUAUGAGUACUAGGGUCCAGGAGCCUGAUUUUCUCGUGCUGGCCCCAGUAUCUCUUCUGACUCCCGGAGAGAAUUAGAGAAUUACAAACACCUCAGGUGUACCACUCGGCAAACUGGAACCCACAGGGCUGGAUCACAAGAAAUAUGCUUCGUAGAAGUUCAGACUCACAUAAACCAUAUGAUGGAGUUUUAUGGUGGAUUUUAGGCAAAUCACAAUCAAGCACUCUGAGUAUCUUAUAGUCACACAGAGCUGCCACAUGGUGAAAUCAAGUAGUAGCUUUCUCUAUCUGGGAGAUGUGCUGUACAGGAAGAAUACACUACAGUCUCAGAAGCACCAGGUUCUCAUGUCUAGCUGAAUUGUCUCUGCCAUCCUCAUGCCUGGCUGCUGAGAGUAAGUGGAUAAACUCUACUGUAUUGAAUAGAGAGAAACAAAUUUUUUUUUCAUUCAGUCAAGACCUGAUUGGAAUGUUGGGGAAAAAGUUUUCUUAGGGACAAAAAGCAGGGGAUAUGGAGCCCCUAAAUCUACAAAACAUAACUGCAUAUGAAUGGUUGAAUUUGCAUACAUUAUAUUAAGUCCCUUUUUUGUUCCUUAAUUUUAUCUAAAUAAAAUGAGCCUCAGCCUUUGCUCACAUCUGAUUCUUCACCUUCAACCUAGGUGUUUCUCUGCAAGUUGUUCCCCAUAACCACCUGACACCUGACCCACUCACAUCUUUGGGCAUUGUAAAAAGAAGUUUCCUUGCUUACCCUAAGACUCUUACUCUGCGCUUCCUCUCAUCCAUUCAACAACCACUUAGAAUGCCCUUUUACUCUGUGCCAGGCCCUGUAGGUGCUGGGGAUAUAAUAGAACACAAAGACUUAACCCAGUAUGGAUACUCAGCUCUUUCCAGGAUUAGGUUAUUAACAUUCUCUAUUUCCACAUGUCCUCUGGUUUACCUACCCCAGUAUCUCUCAUCUUCUGUCUUCUUCCCUCAUUAAAGGGAGCAACGGCAUUCCAAAUUCCACCCAGUAAAAACAGGACCUCAAGGAUGUUCCUCAGGAGAUUCAAAUGUUAACAAGCAAAAACUAAACCUAUCCCUUCAGGUUUUUCAUCAGGUGUGGGAUUGCUAGAGCUCUGGAGAAGAUGCUGGUGCUCAACUGUUCUACCAAAUUACUGAUCCUGGAAAAAAUGCUGAAGAGCCACUUCCCUGAAUCACUCAAGGUUUAUGGAGCAGUGAUGAACAUGAAUCGUGGGAAUCCCUUUCAAAAGGAAGUGGUAGUGGAUUCAUGGCCAGACUUCAAAGCUGUUAUCACACGGCGACAGAAAGAGGCUGAGACAGAUAACCUGGACCAUUAUACUAAUGCCUAUGCUGUGUUCUACACGGAUGUCAUGGCUUACCAACGGCUGUUGGAAGAACAUGAUGUUAUCAACUGGGAUCAAGUUUUUCAAAUACAAGGGCUGCAGAGUGAAUUAUGUGAUGUUUCCAAUGCUGUUGCCAACUCAAAGCAGUUAGGAAUAAAGUUAACUUCCUUCAAGGCUGUUCAAUUUUCUCCCCAUUCAGCUCUACCGGACACCAAUUCUCUAAAGGGUUCUUCCCCACGACUAACUUACCUGAGUGUUGCUGAUGCUGAUCUACUCAACAGGACUUGGUCACGGGGUGGCAAUGAACAGUGUCUCCGUUACAUCGCGAAACUCAUCUCUUGCUUCCCCAGUGUAUGUGUCCGUGAUGACAAGGGAAACCCGGUCUCUUGGUCUCUCACAGACCAGUUUGCCACCACGUGCCAUGGAUAUACCCUGCCAGAGCAUCGCAGGAAAGGUUAUAGCCAGCUGGUGGCCCUCACACUGGCCAGGAAGUUGCGAAGCCAGGGAUUCCCCUGUCAGGGCAAUGUCCUGGAUGACAACAUGGCAUCCAUAAGCCUCCUGAAGAAUGUCCGCGCUGAGUUCUUGCCUUGUCGCUUUCAUAGGCUUAUUCUCACCCCUGCAGCUUUCUCUGGCUAAGUUUACCUCUAGCGCAUUGAAACUCCAGGAAUUUUUCUUCCUUUCCCUGAACAUACAUACACUCUUUGGCCGGCAAUGAGGGGAAUAUUCCAACUGGAAUCAGAAGAAUCUUGGGUUGAAAGGGGCCUGGAGAAGACAUGUAGGAUCAGCCUGAGAAGCCUUCACUCUCCCUGCGUCAGGGUUCUACAGUAAAUAACUAGGGGUCAGAGACAGCAAUUGCAGAGAAGAGGAUAAUUACCUUCCUUUGGGAUCCGCUGCAGGAUAAAGGUUCUAAAGCCAGCAGUUCUCAGCCCAGUUAUAGAAAUGACUGCAUGAGAACAAUGACUUAACACGUGAGCAUGUGGCUACCACUUUCUUAUUGCUGCUUGGGCUUCUGCUCUGGGUUUUCACAGCCACACCAGCUCCCCACUAACAAAAAUAACACUCCCCUGUGCCUGCUGCGAUGUCUCUCUAAACUCUUCCUACCCUUUCUGAUCCAGGUUCUCUGUAGACCAUCCUGCUUUCCCCCCUUUAAUUACUGGUUUUCCACUUCUGCUUACAACUCUAGCCUAUCGUUCUUCCCUGGGAAUGUUCGAAUGCAGUGGUUCUCACAUUUUAGUGCACUUCUGAAUCACCUGGAGGGCAGAUUGCAACACAGAUGGUGGAGCCUCUUCCCCACAAUCCCUGAUUCAGUAAGUCUGGGGUAAGACCUGAGAACUGCCAUUUCUAAAAAGUUCCCACUGCUCAGUGGUCUUGGAUGGAGGAAUGAAAAUACAGGCAUUUUAAAUGCUAAAAGCAGAUGAUGUCAGCAUAGGACUAGACCUUACCUAUCACCUGUUUGUAACCUGCUUUCUCAUAAGAAACUAAGAUACAUAUAUAAGUGUGAAUGUGGGUAUGCAGAUGCACAUAUAAAUGUGUUUUCAUAGAUACACAAAUAUAUAUACAUUCCUUUCAUAUUUUAUAUAUGCAUAUGUAUAAACUCAGAAUUCUGAUAAGAUAAUAAACUUUAAUUCUUUCAUUGCAUCUGAAAAAUUUAAGGAUCAGGGAAAAUAAAUGACUUUUCAAGAUACUAUAGAUAAUAGGUGUUAGACGUUGAGCCAGAAUGCUGUCAUUUUGAUUUCCAUCUAUUUUUUUGUCACUAAAUCAUGUAUCCCUUUUGUAAAGGAGAUUUAAAUGCUUAAAUAAUCAAGUAAGUACUUUCAUCAGUCUUUUAUCCUGAGUUGUUUUUUUUUUAAUUUGGGCUUCCAUUGCUUUUGUGUAUAUAUAUCUUUCAAGGACUGCAAAGGAAGAGAUAAGCAUCACCAGCUGUGUUCUUCCAUUUGCAAUAAAAGUAGGUGCAGACUCAAUGGUCUGAUGGGUCUAGUUU